UGUGUGUUGCUCGGAGGGCGCUGCAGCUGAUCGGGUCUCAGGGAAUAUUUCGCCACAUUUAAACUUUUAGCCACGUUGGUCAACGCUUAAAACGAAGGAGGAGGCCAAGCUGUGCCAUGUCGAUACCAAAGGACGCUUCUUCAGAGGAGAGUUUGCAAGGUUCGUGGGUGGAGUUCCACUUCAGCGGGGCAGCCUCACAAAGCAUCAGUCGCCACGGGAGCCAGGAGCUCGUCAUGCCCACGUCCACUCAGCAGGAUGACGUGGAAAACAUGCUGCUGGACGCCCAACACGAGUCGAGCAGGAGUAGCUCAGGCGGAAGCUCGGAGUGCAACAGCCCAUGCAGAGCACUGACCCCCCUUGUGUGGAGAGGCUCUGGGGGCAGCAGCUUGCAGGUACUGAAUAGUUCAGACGAGGACCUUCAGGAAAGAAGACAAGAAGUAGAGAUGAUGAUGAAGAAAAACGCAGACUGGAUCUGGGACUGGUCUAGUCGACCCGAGAACAAUCCGCCAAAGGAGUUCCUGCUCAAGCACCCCAAGCGCACCACUGCGCUCAGCAUGCGCAACAGCAGCGUCAUGAAGAAGGGCGGCGUCCUCUCGCCCGACUUCCUGCAGCUCUUCCUGCCCUCCUUAAUCAUCUCGCAUAUACUCGCCAUCGGCCUCGGGAUAUACAUCGGGAAGCGUCUGGCCUCCCACAGCACCCUCUGAGAAGUGUUGCAUUCGGACCUUGAUGAGACCUCAGCAUGCCUUUAAAUGAUGAGAGAUCGAAUGUGAAAAAAAAUCAAGCAACCGUGGGCCAAGUGACUGAAACGCCGGCGGCCCCUCUCGGACUCAUCUAACCCGUCCCCCGGUUUUUCUGCUGCUUCCUCAAGAUCUGCACGUUUUAGGAACUGCUCCGUUGUACGUCUAUGAAUCACUUGAUCGAAAUUGGUCAAUUGUUUGUGUACCGUGUAUUACUAUUGUGUCAUUUGUAUCCAUGUACUGUGAUUACUUCACUACGAAUUAUGCUGCGGUAUUUGUCAACAAAAGAAAAUGUGACGCACAAACACGGUCCGUGAGAUUCAAUAAAAGUUGAAAAAUGCAUGCGGCUUUUGCGAGUGAUGUGAAAGGAAAUCCGCCCAAAAGAUGAACACAAUUAAAAUUUUAUUGAACUUUGGUCAAAAUAAUAAAACCAGUGAAUACAUUGCCA